AUGUGGGACUCUUCACUUCCAGUACGAGUGCUCUGCCUGCUGUCUCUCUCCUCGGCUUGCUACAUCCAGAACUGCCCACGUGGGGGAAAGCGUGCCUCUGCCGAUCCGGCCAUUAGACAGUGUAUGGCGUGUGGUCCCGAGGACAGGGGACGAUGCUUCGGUCCCAGUAUUUGCUGUGCUCCAGGUGUGGGCUGCUUUGUGGGCUCUUCAAAAGCAGCAAGCUGCAUGGAGGAGAACUACAUCCCCACUCCCUGUGAUAAUGGAGGGAGAUCAUGUGGAACUGAGGGAGGUCGCUGUGGUGCUCCCGGUGUCUGCUGUUCUUCAGAAAGAUGCGCAAUAGAUGCAGAUUGUUUGGAAGACAGUGAAAUACAGCGUCGUGCAGAAGAAAGAAGCAGACCGAGCAGCAGUUCUACAGCCGAGAUGCUGUUAAAUCUCUUCAGCCUGGCAACUGUGGGGCAGAGAAAGUUUUGAAAGUUUAUUAUUAAUUCAUUUCAUUUCUGUUUCUCAUCUGUAUUUUGAUUUGUAUUUAAAUAAUUAUGAUAAACUUUACUGUUUCAAUAGGAACCAAAGUGUAAAUAUUUAGUUAA